AUGGCGAGACGACGUAGGGCUGACUCCAGCAGCACGCAGCCUCCGUCCAUGAGCACCGGCCCGAGACGGCGAUCCACGCUCCGCGACCUCCAAGCUUCCUCGAGCUCGAAUGCUGCUGAUGGCGACAUCAUAACCCCCAAGAUCAUUGACGCACGCCUCUCUCUAGAAAAGGCCGAGAUGUAUGGAAUUGACGACCCGCGUCCGGCGUCGUCGAGAAUUAUGGCACUGAUUGGGCGCAUCUUCAUCGAGACGAUUCCGCAAUGGUUGGCCGUGGGUGCUAUGCUGGGCUUGAUAUUUGGAGGGUGCUGUUCCAAUGUCUUUGCACUGGAGGCUAUUGUCAAGGUCGAGCCUGACAGUGGCACCCUGCUGACCUUUGUCCAAUUUCUCUUCGUGGCGACUACAGGAUACUUCUCGCAGUUCGACCGAACUCGACCACCGUUCUUCCUCAAGCCGAACCAUGUCCCGAUACGUCGCUGGAUCAUCAACAUCCUGCUCUUCUUCACGAUCAAUGUUCUGAACAACCACGCUUUCAGCUACAAUAUCUCCGUGCCUAUACAUAUCAUUCUUCGAUCAGGAGGUAGUAUUACAACCAUCGCGGCUGGAUAUCUUUGGGGAAAGCGAUUCUCCAGAAUCCAGGUCAUUGCGGUCACUCUAUUGACCAUUGGUGUUAUUAUUGCUGCUUGGUCUGACCAGCAGUCAAAGAAUGUGAUAACCACCAGUGACCUCCCACCCUUCAGCACCGGUCUCGCAAUCCUCUUCAUCGCCCAAGUACUAUCAGCAAUCAUGGGUCUGUACACCGAAGAGACCUACAAGGCAUAUGGACCCCACUGGAAAGAGAACCUCUUUUACUCUCACCUCCUCGCCCUCCCCCUCUUCGUGCCAUUCAUUCCCUCAAUGAACCGCCAAUUCAUCAAACUGGCCGCCUCAGCGCCCCUGGGCCUCCCUGCCUACAACCAAAUGACCAACUUUCCAGUCGAGCUCCAGAAAGGACUAGACACCAUCCGCAUCCCCAGCCAGCUCGCCUACCUCGUCAUAAACGUGCUCACGCAGUACGCUUGUAUCCGAGGCGUGAAUUUGCUUGCCUCAGCUGCUUCGGCGUUGACUGUGACGAUUGUGUUGAACGUGCGGAAGCUUGUUAGUUUGUUGUUGAGUAUUUGGCUGUUUGGGAAUAAGCUGUCACCUGGGACGCUGCUCGGGGCUUUUAUUGUUUUCUUUGCCGGGGGCAUGUAUGGAUUAGAGGGCUCGAAGGGGUCCAGUAAGGCGAGGCAAAGAACGAACAUUGCGAACGGGAAGGCAGGAUAA